AGCCGGACGCAAUACAUGGCAAAAAACAGUGAAAUGUUGAUAUAUUUAACUGUCCGGUCAAACUGUUAGCAUCGUCGCGACAGUUCGGGCCUUUGUUGUUCACAGUUUUUACCGCUGGCGGAUGUUUGCUGCUUUUAUUCAGCGGCUAAACGAUGCUAACAGAAUGCUAGCAUGUAUCUGCUUGGCAGUGGGUUAACGUUGUUGUCUUAACGCCUGGUUUUCAUCUUUAUGGUCGAAAGCACAGACGGCACGAACCUGUUUAUCCUUUCGUUCGGUCAAGUUGGGUAACUUUUCCAUUAAAUCAUGUAGUAUUUAAGGUUUUAGUGAACAAUAUUCACGCUUGACUGAUGAGAUUUUCCUCAACCAAGCCUUAAAUAUCGCGACAUAAUUAGUUAUUCGUGCCAAGGGAUGCCUGUGAACUAAACGCCACCUCGGAGUGGAUUCAGUUUUUCAUGGAUGCCGGGAUUCCUGCCGGCCUUGCUGUCACCUAUGCAGUCUCCUUCGUGGACCACAGAAUUCAGAAGAACAUGCUGAUGGACCUCAGUAAAGACAUCAUGAUGGACCUCGGCAUCACAGUCAUUGGAGACAUCAUUGCCAUUCUUAAACAUGCCAAACAGGUGUACAGGCAGGACAUGUGCAAAAUGGCAACUGAGGCCAUCUCCUCGGGCCAGACCAGUGUCAAGGCUGAGCUCCGAAGAACCGCCAACACUCCCGCUACCCGUAUGAUUGCCAACGCGUUGAGCCACGACUCCCCUCCUGCCACUCCAGCCCGCCGACCCGUUGACAACCGGCUCUCCGUCACGGUGUCCAACUCGCAGGCGAACAAGAACAAAGCAGUCGUGAGCCAGCCAGCCGACGAGGGGAAGCCCGCAGCAAAGCGCCGACGUGUCACAGCUGAGAUGGAAGGCAAGUACAUCAUCAGCAUGCCAAAGGGCACCACGCCUCGUACACGUCGAAUCCUGGCCCAGCAGGCCAAGAAAGGUUUGAAGCGCACCUCCGUCUUUGAAAGACUGGGAGCCGAGUCGAUGGCAGAUACAACAACCAGUAACAGCAAGCCCACCGGCGUGUUCAGUCGCCUCGACGGGGGAGACGCAGGCAAGGCGAUGUCGAAGCAAGGAACUACGGAGACAAACGUGGACGAAGAUGAAGAGGAAAGCGACGGAGAAGGCUCUGUCCUGCAGUACGCCGGGGUCCUUAAGAGACUCCCGCCAUUGAAGAAGAAAGCAUCAAAGAAGCCCCCUGCCACCCUGCGUCGCCUGGGUGGAAAAUUCAAGCUCCCCCCCUCUGAUACGCCCACAUCCUCUUCUACCUCAGCCCCGAAUGGCCUCCCGACCCCCAAAAUUAGCGUUCUUCAGAGACUGGGCAAGCCCCCCGCCACAAGCCCAGCCGUGACGGCAGCAUCGGCUGACACUCAGGACAACAGAGUGACGAGCACCAGGUCCAGAGCGCUGGAGAGGUCCACUGUGGCCAGUUCAAAGGUCAGCAGCAGCAACAUCACCGGGGGCGGGGCAGGAGGGGAGUCCGCGGGGGCCAAGAUGGACGUCCAAGCUGUCAGUGUUUUCAAAAGACUGGGCAACAAGAAGCCCUAACCUACCCAUUCAGACUCACACUCUAAAAUCUAAAGUUUUCUAUCAUCCCGCUUUUCUUCCAUCCAGGACGACAGGUUGGGUUUAUCAAUAUUACAUUUAUUUUAGUUUAUUUUUCAUGUUUCAAGCUGCCAUUGAUGAAUCACUUUUAUUUAAUGCCUGGGGUGUUUAUUUAAAAGCUUUUUGAGAUGCUGUGUUUAAAGUUGCUCAGCCUGCAGGCUUUAGUAUCAUGUGUCAUAUCGGUCAUUUUCUGUAUUUUAGAAGCUAAGGUAUGAGCAUGAGCUGGAGUGCAGUUCUAAUUUUUCCCCUGUUUACAUACAGGUGCGUCUCAGUGAGUUAGGAUAUCAUGAAAAAGUAACUCAUUUUGGUAAUUCAGUUCACAAAGUGAAACUCAGGUUCGGUUUAAUUCAGUUUAUUUAUAUAGUGCCAAUUUUUCUCUCGGCAAUAACUCAUCGAUCGCCUUUCGACAGGAGUGUCCACAGUUCAAGGAUGGUACAAAUAUGGCCCUCACACAAAUGGCGCAGUUUUUG